AUGACCAUCGGCCUGGCGUCCUUGCGGCGGCGGCGGCGACGGGAUGGAGCGACUAAUAGCAGACACCACACAGUAGAGCCCAUCAACAGUCCUUCGUCGAGAGUUGAUAAUAGAGGAGCCUUCCGAACCAACGAUCUCUUCCAAAUGGUUGCUAGCAGUAAUCCCAACCGAACAGAUGCUGUGCUCUAUGGUACUGUCCCCGAUCGAGCUGAUGUCUCUACGGCCUCCCCUGAUGAGGCCUUGACUCGGCGUGUUGAGGAUCCUCCCAAAACAGUUGCUCCAGAGCCGAAGAGAAAGCGAGGUCGGCCUAGGAAAAACGGAGUAGUGGAGGGAACCGCCGCCCAGCCUCCAGUGAAGCGACAGAAAGCUCGGGCCGUUGAUACUUCAGUUCAUGAGAUCAGACUUACUUUGGAGACUCUCCGGAAGCUGUUCAUUGAAUAUGAGAAGCUACUCGAGUCUGGCGUGCCUGUCGACUUUGUGAAGCUGCGGGCGUCUUUGGGUCCUCGGUUGGAGCCGUGCGAACUAUCUCCUAUCGAUCUCGAGUUCAUCGUCACCGAAUUUACUGCUAAUAAAUUCCGUCCAAGUUUGGGACUCGUUCUGAUGGAACGUCCUGGGUCCUUCCAGCCGUCAUGUCGGUCGUUAAACCGAACUGACCCCGAGGAGAUUGGCCAACGUUUGCGGCAACUCUGGCUGGACCACAAGGAGAACUCCCAGGUCACAGGCGAUGACGUGGCCGCCCACCGAAUACGAGCUAACGGAGCACUCGACGGUGUGGAACUACUGGUCAUCAUCAGCAUCACCAGCGACAGCAAGGCCAAGUAG